CCUAAAACAGGUGAGUGUGUAUAUAUCGCAGUCAUUCACGUGGACCAGAGUCCCUGUUGGCGCGCUGUGUGGCUCAGUGGUGCGGUGAGUGGUCGGGCGCUGUGUAUAUUACUACGGUCACUCAAGUGGGUGUUGGGGGCAUUGGAUUACUAGAUGGUAAUGGAGUGAUUAGCCAGCUGGUAGUGCGGGUUGUUGGUGUGACUAACCACGUGUUGUUGUUGUUGUAGAAUCAACCACUAGAUGCCAGGUGGUUGUAGGUUAUGAGAGGGACCAGGUGAUUGUAGAUUUAGACGUAACAGGGAACUAACAGCAAGUGUUCUUAACCAAUGAACAUGUACACAGUCGUCUGAUCUAACUCAGUUGAAUAUUCCAUCGCUACUUCAACCCUCUUGACCCAUGGGGGAUCCUGAGCAACUCUGCACAACAACAAUUGACUUGUGAAAAACAUGAUAAAUAAACAAUCAGAUUGUUAGACAUUACAAAUAAAUUAUAUAUGUUUCCCCCUGUCUUCAGACACACUAGACUUCGAAUGCUGCAGAGUUUCGUAGUGAGAAUAUAAAUAAAAAAGUGUAAGACGGGACUAAAGAAGUAUAAGAAGACAAAGGAGUGGUGGUAGGUGUUGGAGGAAGAGGUGCAUGGUGGAGGAGGACCAUCUGGGAGGCGACGCUGGACCACGAUGGAUCGUUGAACAUCGCCAACAUCACCAACAUCGCCAACAAGCAGUGAUGGCAUUUAUCCGUGGGAUGCUGCUAGGGAUGCUGGUGCUUGGAGGUGCCCUUGCUCUCCCCGACUCCCAGCCCUACUCCAGCCGUCUCCACCACAUACGGGAACCCUCUUCGGGCUCAAAUAUCCUGCCUGGGCCUUCUCAGGUCCUGGAUGCAGGCUGGUAUUCUCCAGCACCCAAUAUGAGUGACCUCUCUGAGGUUCCUAAUGCAGGCGAGCACUCACAGGUCCUCGCUACAGGUGGGCCAUCGCAAACCUCCGACACAUAUAGUCCCUCUGAACACUUGAACAUAAGUGAACCCUCCGGCGUACACGAGACAAAGGCCCCGCCUCCGACGACACUGCAAGUGGCGCCACCUUCUGCCGCUGGCGACGUCUGGGGCGGCGAGUCUUCACACAGUCUUCAUCGUCCUGUCAAGAUACCAGAGGACAAUCGGACGGGCACUGUCCAGCCCGGUAACGUGGAUUUCGUAGACGAGAAGCUUUCCAGUAAUAAUAUCCAUCCAGAAGACUCUCAGAGCAAAGCCAAACUUCCUCGUUCCCGUCACACUAUCAACGAACUGUCUCAGGCCACUGACGUUCUUCAGGAGCGUGCUGAAGACAGUGAAGUCCCCAGACAAGGAUUCUUUCAAUCCUUCAUCUCAUCUUUAAGAGGAAUCUUCAGAGACUCCUGGCUGGGAAGUUCGUCUGGCAGCAACACGGAGGCUUCUGAAGACCUCCUGGGGUUGAAGGUCAUAAGAGGUGAAGACGAGAGUCUCUCCUUGCCUGACGGACGGGGAGAUGACAGAGAUACCCACGGUGGUGGUAAUAAGGGCGGGAAGAAAGGUGGGAGAGACAGCGAGGUGGAUGACGACCCGGAGAGAACGAGAGAAGAGAGACGCGCGCAUGUCAACAAAAGAUACCAAGAGUCGCCGGAUAUUGGCGAAGACGAGCCAGGGACUUCGAGUAAGGUGCUCAGGAGAGUUCGCCGACAGGAUGACGAGGGUGACGGUGGUGGUGGUGACGAGGGUGAUGGUGGUGGUGGUGACGAGGGUGACGGUGGUGACGAUAGUGGUGGUGAUGAUGAUGAGUCUUACGCUGACGACGGUGGUGAUGAGUAUGCGGAAAAUCAAGAAGGGGAUGCUGAAGAUAAUGUUGAAGGUGAUAGUGAUAUAUUGCCGGAAGGUGAUAAUGCCGAUGGCGAGGAGUAUGCUGAAGAUGGCGGUGAAAGCGAAGCCACAGAAGAAUACAGUGAAGGUGACGAAUAUGAUGCCGAAUACAGUGGCGAUGAAAAUAUCGAAGAGUAUGACGACUAUUCCGGUGACUAUGGUGAAAGUGACUACUCGGGUGAUUAUAGUGAAGGUGACAACUCCGGGGACUAUGAAGAUGACUACUCCGGCGACUAUGAAAGUGACUAUUCCGGCGACUAUGAAGGUGACUACUCCGGCGACUAUGAAGGUGACUAUUCCGGCGACUAUGAAGGUGACUACUCCGGCGACUAUGAAGGUGACUAUAAUGAUGGCGAUUAUAAUGAAGAUUACAAUGCUGAUGGUGGCGAAGAUGGUGAUGAGUCUGAGAAGAGCAGCCAGAAUACUGCUGAUGGAGCGUUGGCCGGUGGUGGUGGUGACGGUGGUGGUGACGGUGGUGGUGGUGGUGGCAGUGGUGGGGCUGGUAGCGGCGGUGCUGGUGGUGACAAGUCAAACAACGCUGGCAGUGGUGGUGGCGGCAAAGAGAGCGGUGGCGCCGUUGACGAAGACAUAAAAAAAGGCGGGAACGACGACUAUUACGACUACUACGGUGACUACAAUUACGAGGACUACUACGACGACCCCGCUGGUGGUGCAGGAGGAGGAGGAGGUGGUGGUGGCGAGGACUUGGACCCCAGACAAACCCAGGGAGACUCGGAGACCAGCCUGCAGGAGGGAGCAGGAGGAGAAACAGACUAUGGAGAUUUAUUUACUGGUGGUGGUGGUGGUAGUGGAGGUUCUAGUGUAGGAGGUACUGGAGGUAAGGGCUCGAGUAAUAUGGACAACUAUGAAGUGUCAUCCGCUGGUGGCGGAUAUGGGAAAGUCUCCAGUGGUUUGGGAGAUUCUGGAACAUCGUCUGGAAGCGGUGUUCUUGAUUAUGGAAUGACAAGUGGAGGGGAUGUUACCAAGGGCUCGAAUGGUCUUGGAGAUUAUGGAAUUCCGUCCAGUGGUGAGGCUUAUGCCGCAGGUUCCAGUGGUCUAGUUGGGCAUGGAAUGUCAUCUGGUAAUGGCGGGAGUGGAUAUAAUGGUGAGCGGACGGUAGCUUUUGCCGGUGGCGUCGGCGAGAGUGUGCCCGGUGGAUAUGGAACACCGUCUAAUGGUUAUGGAUACGUACAUGGAACACCAUCUAAUGGAAAUGGAUUCCUGUAUGGAACACCAUCAAAUGGCAAUGGGAACUUAUAUGGAACACCGUCUACUGGUAAUGGCUACGUAUAUGGAACACCAAUUAAUGGUAAUGGCUACGUAUAUAAUGGUAAUCAAACUAUGCCUAUUAUCGGAGGUGUUGCCGACAGACUUGGCGGCGUGGCUGGCGGCGGAGGGACGGGCUUGCCUGCCGGGGGUGUGGGCGAGAGCGGCCUCAUCAACGUGCAGCUCGCCCUGCCCCCGGGCUUCACCACGCCCGCGCCUCUCUCUGGGAUUACAGACACCGGGAGUUCCAGAAUAAGCAUGACUGGGAUGGGCUUCACAGAUGUCUCCCAAAUUCCCCGCGGGGUGGAGGUCGUCUCAGGACGGAGGGGAGAGACCAUUAUACAGAUUCCGCCAGGCGUCAGGUGGAAGGACGUUAAGAACUCGAUCUCCGACAGGAACGCUCGCAACAAGUGGCGCAGCAUCUUGACCACCGUCAGGAGCCUUCGUCACCAGAGCCCACAGCGAGGGUCCCCUAACAUCAGAAUUACUCCCGUUGACCAGGGCUUGGAGGCGCCCUCCGAGGUGUCUCUGGCAGCAGUUCAGCAGCUUAUAGACGGCAUGCCUCUCCCGCGCCUUCAUCAAACACGGAGACGCCUUCAGCAGCUCCUGACUCAGACCCGCAGGAGCCAACUGAACAUGAUGCUGGAGGUACGCGGGGGGCUCCUGGCGGCCCCUCCGGCCAGAGUGACUCUCCUCACAUCCCGGGACGGAACUCAGGUGGUCACCAUCCCCAAUACACUCAAGUGGGUGGACGUGAAGGACGCCUUCGCUACCCCUCAGGAGAAGAAGAUCUGGAAGCAGAUCUUCGACGCGCGCAACGCCAACAAGAGACUGAUGCAGGGGAACGUGUCGGAGAUCAGGCAGAGCAUCUGGGCCGUGGCUGACAUGAUCAACAAGGAGUCAGAUACCCCUAGAAGCCUCAGAGCUGGGACGGCAGGAUCUAGAGCUAAUAAACAAAGAAAGCUGUUGUUUGGAGAGAGGAAAAUGGGUAGAAGGAAAAAUGGGAAGAAUGCUAAUUAUUUGAAAGAUAUGAGAAACGGAACUGCAAGCAAAUUAAUGCACCAGGAAGGAAAAUUCAAGAAGAAUUCAAAAAAAUCCAGAAAAGGGAGAAAAAGGAAAAGAAAAAAUAGGAGAAGAAAGAAGAACCCAAGAAAACUCUUCCCCAAGAAGAAUGGAAAGUAUGGACUGAACUCCAUAGACCCGCAGACCUCCAGAGGGCAGCUCUCACUCAAGGGAACACCUAACCAAAACAAAAUGAACGUCAUUAAGAAACAAAAACAGCGAAAGAGAGUCAGAAAGGGCAACAAGAGGAAAAACAAUCCAAACACUAAAAGAAAACCGAAGGUAAAAAAGAACAAAGCGAAAAACAAUAUUGCCAACAUAAGCAAGACAAAGAUGACACGGAGGAAAAAGAAGAAAAACCUAAGAAAAAUGAAGAAUUCGAAGCGUAAAGGUCACAAGAAUAAAAAUAAACAAAUGACGGAGAAUAAGAGGAGGCAGCAAUUGAAAUUCAUUAAAUUAGCGAAGCAGAAGAAAACGAGACUGACUGAUCUUGGAGAGCAAAAUGUAGCGAGGAAGCCUCCCAGAGCCCGCGACCCCCGACCCGUCAACUCCAUAAUCAAAUCCACGUUAAACAAAAAUGGAGAUAACAAAUUAUUAAAAACAAUGAAAGAGAAGAACAAACCCAAUAAUCACAAGACCAAGUCUGAUAAACCAAAGAAAUCCAAGAAAAAGGCCAAUAAAAGAAAGAAAAAUAAGAAAAAGUCCAACCAGCGAAAGAAAUACAAAACUAAACCCCAACAAUUUAAGGAAAUAAGGCUGAAAGCCACGAAGAAGGGAAAUAAGCUGAGAGAUAAUACAGUACUUAAGACCAAUCAGUUGCUGGGAGCUAAGACGCUCAGAGCCCCGGUCACUAAUCUCAGACACGUCCAAGAUGCCGUGACGAGGCUCGGGCCAGACAACCAAAUGAAGAAGGUAAAGAAGCUUCGAAAGAGGAAGAAAAAGAUGAGGAAAAAUAAAAAAAUAAAGGUGAAAAGGGGGAAGAAAGUAAAAAUGGGAAAGAAAUUGAAAACGGGGAAGAAAUUGAAAAUGGGAAAGAAAUUGAAAACAGGGAAGAAAUUGAAAAUGGGAAAGAAAGUGAAAAUAGGGAAGAAAUUUAAAAAAGGGAAGCAGGUGAAAAUGGGAAAUAUAGUAAAAAAAGGGAAGAAAGUCAAAAAAGGGAAGAAAGUCAAAAUAGGGAAGAAAGUUAAAAAGGGGAAGAAAAUAAAAAUGGGAAAGAAAGUUAAAAAGGGGAAAAAUGUGAAACUAGGGAAGAGAGUUAAAAUGGAGAAGAAAGUUAAAAAGGGGAAGAAACUGAAAAUGGGGAAGAUAAUGAAGGGGAAGAAAGCUAAAAAUGGGAAGGUGAAAAAGAGAAAGAAGGUGAAAAUUGGAAAGAAGAAGAAAGACCAGGUCGACUGGCUGGCGACGGGGACCAAAGACCGGAGGAGAGACCAACACAAGCUGGCGGCCGCUGACAACAUCUUCUCCAGCCUCCUCCCCGACCACGGCGCCGCUGCCAACAACUGGUGGAAGAAAGACAAGAAAAAUAAGAAAGGCAACAAAAACAAGGGAAAUAAAAAGGCCAACAAGAACAAGAAAAAUAAGAAAGACAAACAAAACAAGGGAAAGAACAAGAAAAAUAAGGGCUUUAAGGGUAUCAACCUCUGGAGGGUUAUUAAGGUCACCGACAAUAGCUUGCUGACUAACCAGCAAGUAUACUUUAGUCCAGAAUAUAGUUAUAAAACCUCUUCCACAACUCGCUACGAUAACAGAUUCCUCUUCAUCGAGAAGGCUCCUAGUCUCUUGGUUGCAUAUAAACAUGUCCAAAUAGUCACACUUCCUUCCUGGAUCCUUUGCCUCAGAGAAAUGAUAUAA